AGUAAAAAUUCUGACUCUAUCACUAAUUAGAAUGACUAAAAUUCCCUUAUUUUUCGUUAAAGUGGGUUAGAGUCUCGCAUUGGUUGGAGAAUAGUAUGUAAUAUGCUUAUAUGAUCUUGGAAAAUCCUAUGAUGAGCCAACUUUUGAGAUUGAGUUAGGUGUUAGGUUCAUUUAACAUUAUAUUAGAGCCCGGUUCGUUCAUGUUUGGCUCCCGAUCUGCACUACAAUUGGACCUGGGCGUGAAGAGGGGUGUUAAAAUGGGUUAGUGUACCUAGUUGGAAAAUGGGCUGCUGAUAUGCUUCUAUUGACUUGGGUAAUCAUCUCCUCGUGAGCUAGCUUUUGGAGUUGAGUUAGACUCAAGUUCCAUUUAACAAUUUUCUAGCAAAAACUUAUAAAUUUAGAGGGUGUCUGUUUAAGCUUAUAAGCUGGUCAAAUUAACUUAUACGCACUUUUUAGCUUAUCUACGCGUUUGGUAAAUCCCAUUUCCUUAUAAGAAUUGUUUCCUCUAUGUUCCUUCUUUAUUCCUUCUCUAAUCUCUAGCACUCUUUCCAUGCUCAAGAAAACAAAGUGAUUUUCAUUCUCUAGCUAGAAUGACUAUUUGAACCUAUACAUAAAAAGAGUUGUAAUAACUCUUAGAAGGAAAUUUUGCACGCUGUUUUGGAGGUAUCAUGUUCUGUUAGAUCAUGUGCCUGGUCACCGGGAGGAUGCAAAUUGUUGGCAGCAGCUUGCUCUGAUGCCAGCACUGCCAUUUGGAAAGAUGUCGGUGUUCAUUCCUAUGAGAGUAUCUACACUUUUAAGUGAUGACCUUACCAUGGAGAUAUGGAGUUGUGAGACGGAGAGAACUGUGGAGAUUUGGUCACAUGCUUGCACUCUAUCUGGAUAUCAUGAUUUCGCAGUUGACUGGUUGUGGGAAUUACACCAUGCGCCACUUAAUGAGGCAGAAAACCCAGAAAUAUUUGCGAGUGUAGGAGCUGAUGACGCUGUACGUGUGUUUAUCGAGAAUAAGGACAAUGAGGUUGAUGAACUUACAUUUAAACUACUUUUGAAGAAGGAGAAGGCUCAUGAAAUGAACGUAAAUUCUCUGAAAUGUCACGCUGGGGAUAAAAGGUUUUUGGCGUCAGCCAGUGAUGAUGGAACAGAGAAGAUAUGGGAGUUCGUUUGCCCUUCGCCUCAGUGGCAGGGCUAGACUUUUGUUCAAGUGGGUUCGAAUUACAAAGAACCAGGAUGACAAUUGAUAAUAGUAAUAAUCAUCAUUUUUUCUUCUUUUUAUUCUCAUUAUAUCCAUAAAAAGUUGUUUUGAGGUGAUAUUUCUAAUGUAACGUAUACUCUAUUAAGUUUUUAUCUACUAAGAAAAUUUUCCACAUAUUUUCAAUUUAGCAUGUUACUUAUUACUCUUAGAUAUAACAAUUA